CCUGCAUUUAAUUAUCAAGCUUAGUAGCUACAGCAGAGCCGGUUUGCCAAGAUGACCGAAUUAGAGACUGCAGUGGCAACGAUCAUUGAUGUCUUUCAUAAUUAUGCGGCUACUGAAGGCGACAAAUAUUCUCUUACCAAAGGGGAACUGAAGACCCUUGUGGAGAAAGAAUUGCCUGGGAUUCUUUCGAGUGCAAAGGAGAAAGAUGGUUCAGAAGAACUCUUAAAGGAUCUUGAUGAAAAUGACGACAACAAGUUGGAUUUAAAAAACUUUGUUGUAUUCUUGGCAUCCCUGGCUACUCUUGGAUCCAAAAAUGUGCCACCUAAGUAAUAAUAUACACAUUUCAUUAUUAUAUGUCAUCUCGUCAAUAAAUCUAUCCAACUAAAUGUA